AUGUCUUGGGGCUCAGCGAAAGCACUCCAAUAUCUCGUGGACCUUGACCCAAGACUUGUAUCGUACGUCAACCCGCUGAAGGAGCUUCCUAGCGUUGAAAAUACCAUAUCAGAGCUGGCCGCUGAAGGCAUAAGAGAUGAAAUCACUCGGGAAGACGUAUUUCACGGAAGUACUGCUGCCUUUCACUGCGGUAACGGUCCCACGAUCACGAAAGUUCAUGAUCAUGAGAUCGCGUGGGCUCGCCAGUCACUUGAAACACACUAUAGCCCAUUGCAUAUCUCAUGCUACACCCAUGACAUCGGUAUCCGACCAAACCCGUCUAGCUCACUCGGAGCAUCAGAAAACCGGCAGUCGAUAGCGCACAUUGAAUCUAUACAUACAUACAUACCUACCUACCUACAUACGCCAGACACCCAAGUCUUCUCGUCGCACGUGUCUGGUGGAAGGCCAAGCGUUACUCACGACACCCUGCGAGAUAUCUUCUGCAACUCAUUUCAGCGAGCCCGUCGGUUCCAAAAUGCCGGCUGGGACCUCGUACUGGCUGGCUUGAAGCCCAUGCAGCAAGCUUGUCGGGUUUGGGACGCGAUGGUAAAAUGA